GAGGCAGUUUUAUCGAUCUGCUUGAAUCCUUGCUCCUCCCACCAAGUCCCCCCCACUGAUCAUCUAAAAUUGAGGAAAGAUGGUAGAAGGUUCAGCAUUGUGCAUGGGCAAGACUUGCUCAGACUGGAAUACCUCAGUGCCUGUAAGGUGAUGCAAGACAGGGAGACAACAGCACGACUCCUGCCUGCAGUGCCGCACAAACUCUACCCAGCACUCUUUGAGGCUGCAAUCCUGCACAGUUUCUAUUCAAGGAAAGGUCCUGGAUGGAAACAGACAACACUAUCAUCUUCUGUGAUUCCUUUAAUACUACAUUGGCCAUAUGAAACAAUGUGUGUGCGAGAUCUUAUUCCUCCGCUGCCUCCCCCCUUGCGAAAAUGCCGAGGUGAUACUUUAAACACUGUAGGGCAGAGACUUCAACAUUUUUAUGAUAAUGUCAUGCA